AUGACUAUAUCAAGACAGACCACCAUAGCUCCUCAACAGAUGUGGAAAUACGAAAAUCAGAUGCCUUCAGCAACAGUUGGCAACCCUGCGGUCCAGACCCCCAUUCCAGACCUGGGAAAUGGAAGUAAUUCUGAGGCAAUGAAACAGAUUCUUGGAGUCAUUGACAAGAAAGUCCGCAAUAUGGAAAAGAAAAAGUCGAAACUGGAUGACUAUCAGGCCAAGAAGAACAAGGGAGAAAGACUGAAUCAAGAUCAGCUGGAAGCCCUGACAAAAUAUCAAGAGAUCAACAACAACCUCGAUUUCGCUCGAGAACUGCAGAAGAACUUCAUAGCGAUGGGCCAAGAGGUUCAGAAGGCGGUGAAGAAGUCUGCGCGUCGAGAGCAGCUGCAGCGGGAGGAGAUGGAGCAACGGCGGCUGAAGACCGUCCUGGAGCUUCAGUAUUUACUGGACCAACUGGGAGAUGAGGGUGUCAGGCAGGACCUCAAACGACCUGAUGCAUCUGGCUCUUGUCUGCUCACUGAUGCUGACCUUACAUCUCUCGAUGAACUUUACAAAUUGGUGGGACCUGACAGGAACUAUGAAGUCAGGUUGACUGACCAAUAUGAAGAAGCCUCUCUUCACCUGUGGGACCUGCUGGAGGGCCGAGAAAAGGCUGUGGCUAGAACCACAUACAAGUCACUGAAGGACACUCUGGACAAAGUGCUGAUGAGUGGUUACUUUGACAAAGCACAAAGCCAUCAGAACGGAGCAUGUGAGGAGGAGGAGACGCGGGAGGAGCAGCCUGCGGUGGCUGAGGCGGUAGUGACUGGGGAGCAGCCGUCGGAACCUGAAGGACUUCCCAGUGAAACCUACACAGAGCCUGUUAAUGUGGAAACCACCGAGUUUGUUAACAGACAGUUCAUUCCAGAAACUACAUACAGUAGUACAGAAAAAGACCAAGUGGAGGACUGGACUGUGGAGGCCCAGAUGGUGAAUACCCUCCAGCACCAGCCCCCUGCCCAAGUGGUGCCAGAUUCAACCGGUGCUGCGAACCAAGUCGCUCCCUGUCCGGCCAAUGACCCAGUGGUCCGAAAACAGGCGGUGCAAGACCUCAUGGCCCAGAUGCAAGGGACGUACAACUUCAUGCAGGACUCCAUGAUAGAGUUUGACGGCCAGGCUCUGGAUCCGGCCAUUGUGUCUGCUCAGCCCAUGAAGCCCGUGCAGACCGUUGACCUGCAGCAGAUGGGCGGUCCCUCAAUCCACUCAGAGUCCAGGCUGCCUCCUACAGCUACACUUUCUGGACCCCAAGAAUCCUCACAAGCUUCUCUGUCUCUGUCAUCCGAACAAUCUCCUGCCCCGUGUUCCUUGUCUGCUGCCUUCCCACCUGUCUCCAAACCCCCCCACACGGGGGGCAUCAAUGUCAACGCAGCACCUUUCCAGUCAGUGCAAGCGGUAUUUAAUAUGAAUGCACCUGUACCUCCCCCCACUGAUGGUCAAGUGGACCCGCUUAAGCAGACCAGCCCGUUCCCUGCUGGCUACGGGCAGGGCUUCAGCAGCCAGUCGGAGGGCUCUGUAGAGCAGCCCGACAUCAUCUCACAGGAGAGAUUACAGUCAGUUGUUGGUGGCUUCCAGCCCCAAGAUCAAGUCAUGCCCUCGGCGGGGGGUCAUGAAGACUCCCCUGCAGCUGCUGGGUUUGGACAGUCUGGCCAGUCCUUUUACAACUGCAGGACUGCUGCUCCCAGAGGGGGACCCAGGAACACCCGGGGCAUGAUGAACGGCUAUCGGGGCUCCUCAAAUGGAUUUAGAGUGGUUAUGGCCAAAACCAAUUCAGCACAUCUCGGGACUAUUCCAACAAUAGCUACCAGCGGGAGGGAUAUCAGCCAGGCUACAAGCGGGGGCCCGCCCAAGGACCUCGAGGUCUGUCUCGCGGAAACACUCAAACAAUGCGAUCCUAAAGGAUCUCCCGGACCGUCAAAUUGCGCCACGUUGAACAUUCAGGAUCUUUGAAUGUGUUAGCCCCAAGCUCACUUUUAUAACAACGUUUUGUUUCUUAUUGGUAAUCCAAUUAUUUUUUUAAACUCCUGGCCUACUUAUCAGAGUCAGCCUGCUUUGGUCUAUCUAGAUCCUCUAAAUGUUUUAACACAAAAUGCUGAAGAUCAUCACAUGUAGGAUUCUCAGCAAGUCUGUGUGAUGUAAAACUACAAAUAGAUAUUCCUGUAAACUUGAAAGAUUUCAUUAAUUUAUUUUUUGUACAAAAUAAAUGCAAAAAAUACCCUGCCACUGUCGAUCUGAUUCCACGAGAAUGGUUUCCUGCCCUGUGCCGCCAGCCACUUUUUUUCUUUGGAUCCCAAGAUUUUCCUGAAGGCAUUUUGUUCUUUUAUUCUUUUUUAUAGACCCACCCAUCUCUUGCACCAUCGGCCAUUUGUACACUGAUGUUAUUGGUUGAGACUGUUUCAAUAAAGUUGUAUCCUAUAAGCC